AUGGCUGGCCAGGCCUCCAGGAUUGGCUUGAAGCAAAGUUUGCCUAUCGGCCAGCCCGGGGCUCGAGCUUCCGCAUUUCGGGCCGACACACAGUCGACCGAGUUGGCCAGCCGGAUUGCCUGUUUGAGACGAGCCUUGGGGCGGGCAGUCGGAAGACAGACGGCCAGAAAGACGCCACGAGUGUCGCAGGCCGAAGGCGGCAGGUCAGACGUUCACUCCUACCUCCGCUCUCCGCGAAGCGCAAAUUGCAGUCCGGCUCGUAGACCUUCGCGGCUGGGGCCAAAAGGCGUGCUACCUCGUGGCAUGUCUGCUGAGCCGGAGGUUGCCGCAUUUGCCCGGUCGCCAUGGCUUUCUGCCGGACCCGGCUGCCUCGGUUUACACCGCUUCGGCUUGAGACAAUGCUUAGACUGGAAUAGGCAGGACUUUGAUGGUGGCGAUGGUGGCGAUGGUGGAUAUGAUGAUGAUGAUGAUGAUGAUGAUGAUGACGAUGACCAGAAAGUGAGGGAGGAGGAGAGUGAGGGUGAGAGGAAAAAUCAAUCAAGAGCAGAUUUCUCUUACCGUCCGCCAAAUAGGCGUCAAAUUGUGCGAAAUGACGUCCAUUUGGGGGCCGGUAUAAGUCUCACCGACGUAUGA